AUGGUAUAUAUUCGAAGAGCACUUGAAAUUGUGAUCUGCUUAUUUGCUUUCAUUCGGCAUUUAAGCGGAAAUCUAGGGCCCCGAUCUGGAAGCGUAAAAACGUUAUCUGGAACGAUAACUUAUGAUGAAGAAUGGGGAUACAUGGAGACCAGGCGCGGUGGUCACUUGUUUUGGUGGAUAUAUUUUGUAAAUGACGGUAAUGAGAGGCCAGUGAUACUUUGGAUAGAGGGUGGUCCUGGGUCAUCUAGUUCUGGGUUUGGCAAUUUUGGGCAGGUCGGCCCAAAAGAUUUUGCUGGAGAGGAUCGGCAGUACACUUUAGUACCAUUUAAAAAUUCUUCUUUAUAUUUAUUAUAUAUUUCGCUAUGUGCUCCUUCUUACUUUGAUACUAACGAAGGAGCUUUUAGGCUACCUUGUGCCAUUGUAAUGUUAUCUUGCAUACACACACAUUUUACGCACAUAUUUGACCUACAAAACGCGGAUUUGCUUUUCGUUGACGCUCCUGUAGGUACAGGCUUUAGCUACGUCGAAGACGAUUUUGGUUUCAGCGAUCAAGAAAAUGAUGUAGUAAAGGACUUGUGGUACUGGUGCAAAAAUUUCUUUCUUCUUCACAGAAGGUUUUGGAAUCGUCCACUCUUUAUAUUUGCUUUGUCUUAUGGCAGCAAAAUUGCUGUUCAACUGGCGGAGGUGAAGUCGACAGAAAUUCUAGUGAACUUUCGCGGUGUUACUAUUGGUAACAGUUUAAUGGACGGCGUGGACCUGUUGCUUAUUUGGGGAGAAUAUUUGCAUAUGCUUUCUCUUGUUGACGAUUACCAGAAAGGUCUAAUUAACAGAAAUGCCCAAAAAUGUGAAGCCUUGAAAACUGUUGGUGUUUGGGAAAAUGUUACUGACUGUUGGUUGUCUACCAUUCAUUCUAUAGUGAAAUAUAGCGGAGAUACAAGCAUUUUCAACGUAAUGAAGAAGCAUCGCGAGGAUCUUUGGUCUAGAAGUGCUAUGGAGUUGGAUAAACGUCUACAGAUUCUUCGGAGAGAUGUAGCUUUUGCUAGUUACUUGGAGCUUUACGAUCGAGUCUAUACGAAAGAGGCAAUGAAGCAGUACAUGAAUACUGUUGUUAGACAAAAACUUCAAGUCAUUCCAUCAAAAGUUUUUUUUGAAGGUCAGAGGAGCAAAGUUUUUCAGAAAUUACAUGCUGACUACUUAAAACCAAGUUAUUUAGUUGUUGAUAAACUCCUCCAACGUGGAGUUAAUGUUGCUAUUUACGUCGGUCAACUGAAUGUUGAAGCAAUCGGGGCAAUGAAAUGGAUGUUUCGGUUGGGAUGGGAUGGUAUAAAAGAAUUCAAGCAAAUUCGGAGAGUAAGUUUUAAAGCUCACUGCAGUACGUGCGGUAUCGACGGUUUCUACAAAGAAUAUAAAAAUUUGCAGUUUUGGCAAAUUUUAAAUGCUGGGCAUAUGGUCUUCUAUGAUGAUCCAGCGUCUUCACUGUACAUGGCACAGCACAUUUUGACUUCUCAAAUGAAUGAUUAUCGCACGUGA